AUGCUGAAAAACAGUGAGCGGAGGCGCUCCUGGAGCUACAGGCCCUGGACUAGCACGGAGGGCACCGAGGCUCCGGAUGCAGGGAACAGCCAACACCACCGCGGCAGCGUCUGCUCCCUGGCGGCCCGGUCCGGCUCCCAGGCCAGCAUCCCGACGUGGACGGAGGGCAACUACAACUACUAUAUCGAGGAGGACGAGGAUGGGGAGGAGGAGGAAGAGGAGGAGGAGGAGCAGCAGUGGAGAGACGAACUGGCCCACUUGGCCGACCUGGACCUGGCCCACUUGGCCGACCUGGCCGAGGAAGACCAGCAGCCCGAGGAGGCCACCGCCACCGCCACCACCACCACCACGGCCCAGCCAGAAAGCGGCGACAGCAGCGAGGGCUGCACACUGCUGCUCCUGAACGUGGGCGGCCAGAGCUACCGCCUGGCCUGCGCGCAGCUGGCCUGCUACCCCAAGACGCGCCUGGGCCGCCUGGCCGCCUGCCCGGGCCCGCGCGGCCGCCAGCUGGGCCUGUGCGACGACUACGAGGCCGCCACGGGCGAGCACUUCUUUGACCGCGACCCGGCCGUCUUCCAGCUGGUGUACACCUUCCACCUGCGCGGCGUGCUGCUGGUGUGCGACGCGCUGUGCCCGCGCGGCUUCCUGGAGGAGCUGGGCUACUGGGGCGUGCGGCUCCGGCACACGCCGCGCUGCUGCCGCAUCUGCUUCGAGGAGCGGCGCGACGAGCUGCGCGAGCAGCUGAAGGUGCAGCGCGAGCUGCGGGCACAGGCGCGGGCGGAGGAGGCCGCGCGGCUGUUCCGCGACGCGCGCUGCUGCGGCCCGCAGCGCCAGCGCCUGUGGGACCUCAUGGAGAAGCCCUUCUCGUCCGCCGCCGCCAAGGCCGUCGGCGUGGCCUCCAGCCUCUUCGUGCUCGUGUCCAUCGUGGCGCUGGCGCUCAACACGGUGGAGGAGAUGCACCACCAGCAGCACCCCCGGCGGCGGCGGGGGGCCGGGGCCGGGGCUGAGGGCGGCGGCCGCUGGGCGGCCCUGGAGCACGUGGAGGCGCUGUGCAUCGCCUUCUUCACGCUCGAGUUCCUGCUGCGCCUCGCCUCCACGCCCGACCUGCGCAGCUUCGCGCGCAGCGCCCUCAACCUGGUGGACCUGGUGGCCAUCCUGCCGCUCUACCUGCAGCUGCUGCUCGAGCGCUUCGCCGGCGACGAGGAGGACCCGCGGCGGCGCGGCAAGGUGGGCGCCUCCGCGCGGGAGCACGACCUGGAGACGGUGGGCAGGGUGGGCCAGGUGCUGCGCGUCAUGCGCCUCAUGCGCGUCUUCCGCAUCCUCAAGCUGGCGCGCCACUCCACCGGCCUGCGCGCCUUCGGCUUCACCCUGCGCCAGUGCUACCAGCAGGUGGGCUGCCUGCUGCUCUUCAUCGCCAUGGGCAUCUUCUCCUUCUCCGCCGCCGUCUACUCCGUGGAGCACGACGUGCCCGGCACCAACUUCACCAGCAUCCCGCACGCCUGGUGGUGGGCCGCGGUGAGCAUCUCCACAGUGGGCUACGGAGACAUGUACCCAGAGACCCACCUGGGCAGGCUCUUUGCCUUCCUCUGCAUCGCUUUUGGGAUUAUCCUCAAUGGGAUGCCGAUCUCCAUCCUCUACAACAAAUUCUCCGAUUACUACAGCAAGCUCAAGGCUUAUGAGUACACUGCCAUGCGACGGGAAAGGGGAAAGGUGGACUUCGUGCAGCGAGCCAGGAAAAAGAUGGCUGAGUGCUUGGCUAAAAGCAACCCACAGCCCACCCCACAGCAAGAGAAUUAA